CAGGAGAUCGUGUGGAAUAAUGUGGUCAAGAAAGGUCUCGAUACGGAUACAGUUGUCUUGGUCAUCCUGGGGAGCCCAGGGGCCCCCGGCGGAAGAUGUGCCCCGCUUACUCUUCAACCCCCGGGGGAGAUCAGCUUGCAGCCGGCGACAGCGGAAAGAAAUGGCGCUUCAAUUUUUCCGCAGGGCCAGACACUGGGUCGCGCGAUUUCUCACAAGCUUGAUUUUCGUAUGAUAAAGCCUACACCUGAGCAAACUCCAGAAGAAGCUGCUUACUCCAAUUUCUUGUGGUACACCUCGUCCAUGUUGAUGUCGGACGAGACGAAGUCACCGUCCCCUCCUCCCGCUGCCCCGCUUCCGGCGCCGGAAGAUCCUUGGGGUGCCGCAGCUAUAUACCUGGACACCAACGCCGACCAGCUGAAGAGCAUGGUGCUUCUUCACGAGGUAGCUGGGCUUGGCCACCUGAUCCAAGGUUUAUGGGGUCUUACGAGCUCCGGCACGUUAAGCACAGACACCCUCCAGGACAACGGCUCAGUCAUGAUCAACGUCGGCACUGACACGAGACGAGAGCUGGACCCAGAAACUUACUCGAACACAAACCGCCACAACAAGUUUAGAGGUGCUGUGGUCAUUCCGUCGCCGUGGCUCGGUCCGGAAGUCAAAGUUGCUGAUUCAGGUGCAGGGGUUUUUGAUGCAGGAAAACUGGAAUACCAAAAAAUGAGCCCCGCCGGCGCCAGUGGCGUGGGGCCGCAAGAUCGGCAUCAGAUGGGCGCCUUGAUUUGGGUUGCCGGUCCCAAUGCAGCGGCUGACGGGCCCGUCGAAGGCAGCAGGGACGUCGUCGGCCCCGCCGCCCGCACACUGAACGCUCACGCCGCAAAUAACUUUGACUUUUUCUGGAAAGGAGAAACCGCCGCCAUUCGUGCGGCGAUUGACGCCUCUAUCAAAGAGCAAUGGCCGACAAAAACGAAACGGAAACUUGGUUUGGGGGAAGAAGGCGAAAGCGAAAUUGUAAUUGAUUAUAAGCCGAUUAAACUUUUUAUUCCAGUGGCUGAUGCCCACGAUCGAUGGCCGUUGAAAUCAGUAAAAAAAACUAACCGGCACGGCCACCGUGUGGUACCUCUUACCGCACCGGCGAGACCGCGCGCGGAAGAGCUUCGCCUGGAUGGGUAUCCAGCGCACACCGAUCUCGAUCCCGACUUCGUCGCCAUACAAGAUGAUAAUAUCGUGUUACCCGCCUCACCGCCUGAGAUUCAAUCCGGUAGAACCUCACACAAAAAUGAUUAUGAUUGGGAUCAGUGGAUUUGGCAGGUUGCAGGCGGCCCGCAGGCGGUCAUGUACGAGAAGAUGGUCGACAGCAUUCUUGAUGAGCAGGUCCACGUCCAGGUGGUCCAGCAGGUGGAAGAUUUUACCACCACCGGUGCGAGCGACGCACAGCCAGCGGAAUACACCCUGAAGAAGAGGGACUUCUUCGAGAGUGUUUACAUCAUAGCACCGGAAGACAAAGAUAUGGAAGCGUCAGGGGGUUUGAGGUUGACAAAGUUGAAAUGAUUUGCAACGCGUGUUGAAGUGCUAGUCACGGAGUGCCUGUCUUUCUCAACAAACAAUGCUGGCAAACGAGACCGCUUGUCGUAAGUUUGAUAUAUGUUCGUUUUUAGCGAUAGGGCAGCAAAGGAGAACAACAAAAACAGCCUUCGCUCUUUGCCUCAUGAAGAAGAAUUAUGAAAAAUUGCUUGUCCUCAUUAGGGGCCACAUAGAUGAAAUACAUAGAAAUUGGGCGACCAAUUGGCACUAGCUGUUUCUUGAUGCAUCUCAAAUGAUUCCAACUUUGCCGAUUUCGAGGCUGACACUUCCAGAAAAGGUGUUCCGCUUGGGGGCGCUGGCGAACCUCUACCCGCAGCUGGCUUCUGGAAUCCUGAUGCCGAAAAAUUUGAUUUCGCGCCGGAGCCUGUGGCGCUCGUGUGGCGGGCGCGGGAUCCGAAAAAGCCCAGCACGGGGGGUGGCGGAGAUGGCGAGCAGAGCCGCAAACUAGUUCAGAUAAAGCUUAGUGUGGGCGCUGCCGCGGAUUUUUUCGAUGGGCGGCGCUUCCUGGGACGCAAAAACUUGGAUAUUCACCAUCACCCGGCCCCGGCCAUCAGUCAGCAGCAACUGGCCUCGGGCAGCGAGAGAAGGCUGGCCUACUCCUACUCCAGCACGGACGAAAGCCGAGCCAGGGCCGAACCGGAGAUGAAACUUGCGUAUGAUAGAGAGCUGCAGCGCCUUAAGAAGCAGAUCCUGAACAAGAACAGCCACGUCGUGUGCGGCGUCCCCACUCCGCAAACUUUAGAAGCGUGGGCGCCGUCGAAGGCGCUCUUCUCCUUUCUCGACUCUGAUUACACGAGAAAGAUAAUUCAGUUGGGAAGUAUGUUGCAUCGAGCUAGCAGAACGAACGACCACAAGACCACCGCUGC